AUGGCUCCUCAGCAAGUAGCCAUCAUUGGGGCUGGUGUCUCUGGCCUGUGUGCCCUGAAAUGCUGCCUGGAUGAGGGGCUGGUACCCACCUGCUUCGAGAGGAGCAGGGACAUCGGGGGGCUCUGGCACUUCGAGGAGCACCCUGAGGAGGGCCGCGCCAGCAUCUACCGCUCUCUCAUCAUCAACGCCUCCAAGGAGAUGAUGUGCUUCAGCGACUUCCCCAUCCCCGAGGACUUCCCCAACUACAUGCACAACUCUAAGGUCAUGGAGUACUUCCGCAUGUACGCCCAGCACUUCGACCUGCUCCGCCACGUCCAUUUCAGC